AUGUUGCUCAACAUUUUAAACAAACUUAAUAAUCUGGAUGUAUUAAAUUCAUUCAUAGGUGUCAAUAAAAAACUCGACCGAUUAGCUCGAGAUAUUACUUUUACACAGUCUAUUAAUUUAGUAACAACAUUAUCAAAUGAACAUCAUAAUUCAAUACUCGAUAGAUUCUGUUUAUUAAUUUUACAACGAAUUCAACAUAAUAUCCAAUGUCUUACUCUUGAUUCACUAUCAGUAGAACGUGUUCUUCGUAUUGGAAAUUAUUCGAAACUUCAUAAACUAAGUCUUGUUAAUCUUCCAAUUGAAAUGGUAUGUCGUAUUUUCAAUGGUAUGUUAUCUAUUUUCUUAAUCUUUAAAUAA